AUGUAUAAAAAAAGGUAAUUACCUUUUUUUUUUCGCUUUUUUUUGUGCCGUUUUCCCUCGAUGAAUGUCAUGAAAUGUUAUAACACGUUCGAGGGGUAUUUUUCAUACAUCGCUGGCUUUAGGCAAUAGUUUACUAAAGUACUAACUAAAAGUCUUCACAGGAUGACGGAAACCGUGUUUAAAUUAUCUUUGUUUAAAAAAAUAUUUUUGAGGUUGUUUUUUAUCUUCAUUAAACGGUUUUUUGAAGUAUUUUUGAGGAUUGGACGAUAAUAAUUUUUUCAAAGAUUACUUUCCUUUCAAAAGCAAUCUUGUUUGACUUUUCUGCUUUUUGCAAGUCUUUCUAAUUGCGUUAUCCAUUCCCCUAUUCUUCUAAUGUUCUCAUAGCAGUUUUAUACCUAUAUUACUAUUUUUUAUCGUCAUUUUAGAAAAUCUUAUGGUUUUCUAAGAAAAAUUUUCUCUCGAUCGAAAUUUUUUUCAGGUUGAAAAUUAAUGGCUGGAAUAAUUUUUGACGACAUGUUCUUAGUGAAAAACAUCGAUCCAGAUGGGAAGAAAUUUGAUCGAGUUUCCAGAUACUUUUGUGACUCUGAAUCAUUCAGGUUUUCUUUCUGAAUAGUGUUUGAACUUAAUUUUCAGGAUGGAAUUGAUACUGGACAUCAAUGAUCAAGCAUACCCCGUCAAAUUAAACGACAAAUUUCGAUUGGUCAUUGCUAAAACUUUGAGAGAAGACGGUUUGCCGGAUGAAGGCGAAUUCGACAUGAAGGUUUGUUAAAUCGGUUCUACUUAUUCACUUCCGAAUCAAAUGAAAUCCAAUAAAACCUUUUAGUCUGUUGUUUUAGUCAUAGAUGUAAUCGACUAGGCGGUGAAAAAGAACUUUUAAAGCUAUAACGAACAACCGCCUUUGGCGAACUAGGAGUUCAAACGUGUAGUCGAAAUAGUUAAAAGCAUGGUCUUACGGUCCUUCGCUUCGUUCUUCUGCGCGUAGUUCAGCCUUGACGAGCUCAGAAUGUAGCGGAUCUUGUGCUGGAGUCCGGAGACCGUGAUCUAGGUGGAAGCCUCGAAAUGAGGGCCACCACUUCGAGUGAAGACUUUACACGGAAUGAAGAUUCAAGUAUAUCUUUUUUUCUGAUUAUAGUUAUAACUUUAUUAGUAUAUAGUUUUUAACUUUGCUAUUAUUGUAGUAAGUUUUAGUUUUGCUCGAAUAUGUAUCAUUUAAGAUAUUAUUCUGAGUGGCAGGUGAAAGUUAUCACUUGAUUUGUUCAAAUAGUUUGAUAUAACGUACAAGUUUUUUGGAAAAUCAAUAAAUUGGAAUCACUGAGUUUGAAAAAGAGGACGCGCCGUGGCGCAACAGGUUGUGGGCCUAUCUACGGUCCUUAAGAUCAAAAGUUCGAUCUUCGCCUUGACAUAACCAAGGGGUUCAAGAAAUGUUGGUAAGGGAAAACCACGACUACAAAAAUCCCCAGCCGUCACAAACAAGGACGGAUAGGUCACUAUAGCCAGUCCACUGAUUAUCAGGAUAGAAUCUCGGCUAAUCGGCUUGGGGCGCCGAAAAGCGGUACAAAGGCGUAGGAAGAAGAAGAAAAAGAAGACUUAAUCUGAAAAACAAAAUUGAGCUUUUUUUAGGCCGAUUAUCCACGUCUUCGACAGUUUGAAUAUGUUAUGUACGGGAAAGUUUAUCGCUUGGAAGGAGAUGACAACGCGGGAGAAUCGAGCAAAUUGGCCGCCUACGCUUCGUUUGGAGGACUACUCAUGAGACUGAAGGGAGAGGUCAGUUAUGCCGUAUUCAACUUGAUUACGCGAAACGCAAAAUACCCGUUAGAGAAAGCAAAAGAUCACUAAAUUUUGGAGAGUCAGAGAUCAUUUUGCGUUUCGCGGAAUCGAAUUGAACACGGCAUUAGGUUUUACAUCAAUCAAUUGAAUGAAAGCUGGAAAAAUUUGUGUUUGAUGUCGUUUUUCGAGCUUUUUUUGCAAAAACACCUGAAAGAGUACCUAAUAGAGUUAUUUAAUUUUUUGAAUGUAUUUCGAACUACUAUGACUAUGCUGGAACCCCAAAAAAAAAAUCUAAAUAAAUAUUUAGGCGAUCAAUCUACAUGGAUUUGAGGUGGAUGCGAACAUCUACUUGCUAAUGAAAAAGACUGAUUUUUAA